UUCUGGGUAGAUUUCAGAAAAAAAUAGCCUGGACGACGUCUCGCCCAGGCCUUGGGGAAUGGUGUCUACCGGGCUUUAGCAGGGUGUUAGCUGGAAAGAGCACCGCUUGUUGCUGUGUUUUGUCGUAGUGUGGUGUAGAAAUCUUUCUUUUUGCUGUGUCUUAGUAUUCUGCUGUAGCAAAGUGACGGUGUUAAUCUGAAACUACAAAUGCUGGAAAUUUAGGGGAAGGUGCAGUGUCCUUGAUGGUUGUUGGUGAAAGCACGACGCUGUUUCAGGAACUCCGGCCACAGUAAUAAAUUUGAUUGAAAUGACUGCCCAUAAACAAAUAAAAGAUUAAUGUGGGUUUGUCUGUAAUUAGACAUGGUGCAGACCAUGAUUCCAAAGUCAUGGAGAGCCAUGAAAUUCUACUUCACUACUGUAUAUCAAGAAAUAUGGGUUGGUGUGGCGUUAACAGCUUAUGCCUAUUACAAAAUUUCAUAUGGGGGCAAAAAAGCAGUGGCAGAUAAGUCCUCUGGCCAUCAUUAAAGACCCCUUCUCUUCUUGGAAUAUGACUUUGGUUGUUCGUCAUCUUUACUGUAAAUGAAGCAAGUCACAACCCUAGGGAAGUUACUCUAAAACUGUACCUGAUCCAUCUGCUGUAAUGGGAGAAAGAAUUAAUCCAUUGAGUCACAACUAAUUAAAGAUGUUGGACAAAGUA